CCUAACUAUCCUAAAUUAUUAUACAAAAUGGCUGAAGAAGAUGUAUGUAUCAACCCUGAUCCCUGGCCUGGCUUCAAGAAGAGCUUGAAAGAUGAAACCUCUGUGAUUGUGCUUUUAAUCAAUUCCCAGUCCCGUCAUAAAACGACGGAUCGUUGCCAUAAUAGCCUCUUGACACCCGGCCUCCUCGUUUGAUUAACCCCGCUGAACCACUUACUAACGCCACUUUUCAGCAUCAUUUCGAAACCGUCGAUGCCGGUUCCUCCUUGACCUACCCAUUGCAAUGUUCCGCCUUGAGAAAGUCCGGUCACGUUGUCAUCAAGGGUAGACCAUGUAAGAUUAUUGACAUGUCCACCUCUAAGACUGGUAAGCACGGUCACGCUAAGGUCCAUUUGAUUGCCACCGACAUCUUCACCGGUAAGAAGUUGGAAGAUUUGUCUCCAUCUACCCACAAUAUGGAAGUUCCAAACGUCACUAGACAAGAAUACCAGUUGUUGGACAUCGAUGACGGUUUCUUGAGUUUGAUGACCGCCGACGGUGACACCAAGGAUGAUGUCAAGACCCCAGAAACCUCUUUGGGUGAUGAGAUCCAGGCCGCCUUCGACGAAGGUAAGGAAUUGUUGGUCACCAUCAUCGCCGCCAUGGGUGAAGAAGCUGCCAUCUCCUUCAAGGAAGCUCCAAGAUCUUAAGAAGCUUGACUAAAGUUAUUAGAC